CAAUAACUAACGUGUGCGCGUGCGUGAGUGUUUGUGCUUCGUCACAGAGGACGGGCGGUGCCUCCUCCAGGUAGGCGCACGAGCAGCGGCCGCGGCAGCACGACACGCGCGCGCGCACGCGCACCGAGAGCGUUUCCUCGCGGACGAACUGUGUCGAGAACAGCCGGACGCAGCAAAACAGGGAAGUUGGACUCGUGAGCGCGAGCGGAUCGAAAGUCCCGGGCUGUUGGAGACCAUGUUCAGCUGGGUCAGACAGGAGCAGGGCGGCCGCAACAAAGAGGGCGAGAUGUACGAGACGGUGACGGAGGGGCUGCAGAGCCUCUACACCAAGAAGCUGCUGCCGCUGGAGGACACGUACCUCUUCCACGACUUCCACUCCCCGGCGCUGGAGCCCGCCGACUUCCAGAGCAAGCCCAUGGUGCUGCUGGUGGGCCAGUACUCCACCGGGAAGACCACGUUCAUCAGGUAUCUCCUGGAGCAGGAUUUUCCGGGGAUGAGAAUCGGCCCGGAGCCGACCACCGACGGCUUCAUCGCUGUGAUGUACGGUGAGAACGAGGGCGUUGUCCCCGGCAACGCUCUGGUGGUGGACCCCAAAAAACCCUUCCGGAAGCUCAACGCGUUCGGCAACUCGUUCCUCAACAGGUUCAUCUGCUCUCAGAUGCCCAACCAGGUCCUCCAGAGCAUCAGCAUCAUCGACACGCCCGGCAUCCUGUCAGGAGAGAAGCAGCGCAUCAGCAGAGGUUAUGAUUUUGCUGAGGUCCUGCGCUGGUUUGGAGAGCGAGUGGACCGGAUCAUCUUACUGUUCGACGCUCACAAACUGGACAUCUCUGACGAGUUCUCCGAGGCCAUCAAGGCUCUGAAGGGACAAGACGACAAGAUCCGGGUGGUCCUCAACAAGGCCGACCAGGUGGACACCCAGCAGCUGAUGCGGGUGUACGGCGCCCUCAUGUGGUCACUGGGGAAGGUGAUUAAUACUCCAGAGGUGGUGAGGGUUUACCUGGGCUCCUUCUGGGCCAAACCGCUGCAGAACACGGAGAACAGGCGCCUGUUUGAAGCUGAAUCCCAGGACCUCUUCCGGGACAUCCAGAGUCUUCCGAGGAACGCUGCUCUCCGAAAACUCAAUGACCUCAUCAAAAGGGCUCGUCUGGCUAAGGUGCACGCUUACAUCAUCAGCUACCUGAAGAAGGAGAUGCCGUCCCUGUUUGGGCGCGAGAAGAAGAAGGAGGAGCUGAUAAUGAGGCUGCCAGAAAUUUACACCAUCCUGCAGAGAGAGCAUCACAUCAGCCCAGGAGACUUCCCGAACGUCACCAAGAUGCAGGACAUGCUGCAACACUAUGACUUCAGUAAGUUCCCAUCACUGAAGAUCAAGUUGAUCGAGUCUGUCGAUAAGAUGUUGGCCACAAAGAUUGCUGUCCUGAUGUCCAUGAUCCGGGAGGAGGAAUCCAAGCAGCCUCCAGCCAUGGUGUCCGGCGGUGCAUUCGAGGGUUCCCAGGACGGGCCCUUCGGUCAGGGCUACGGUGAGGGCAUCAGCGCCGGGGCCGACGCCGAGGACUGGAUCGUAAGCCGUGACAAGCACCGCUACGACGAGAUCUUCUACACACUGAUGCCCAUCAACGGAAAGAUCACCGGCGUCAACGCCAAGAAGGAGAUGAUGAACUCGCGGCUGCCCAACACCGUGCUGGGGAAGAUCUGGAAGCUGGCCGACUGCGACCGGGACGGCAUGCUGGACGACGAGGAGUUUGCCCUCGCCCAGCACCUCAUCAAGAUCAAACUGGAGGGCUACGAGCUGCCCACUGAGCUCCCCCACCACCUGGUGCCCCCAGCCCAUCGUAAAAACUCCACCGCAGACGCCCUGUACAACCACACCGAGGACUAGAACACGCCAUCUGACAGUGAAGCUCUCAGCCUUUCUGUUUCUACUAAUGCUUAUAUUGGACUCCUCAUAUUUGGCCCAACGCUUGUCUGCUCCCUGAUACGUGGCCUGUGAGAGAAGGCUGCAGGCUACAGACAGGCAAUGCGUGCCUGCCAUGAGGAAUCGGCUUCUAGUGGUCACUUCACGUUUCUGUUCAUCAGUCACAAUGUAAGCGUCAUUGAUGAAUUUGGUAAUAAAAAUGAAUAACAAACAUCAGCUGAGUGGAGAGGGAGCAGAGAGGCUGCAGUCUAGCUGAGCCUUUGCUUUCCAUUCACCGGUUUCAUUUAUUUGCUUCAGUAGUGUCACUUUGCCAGUGUUCAGUCUAGAUUCAGAGGCCAAAGAUCAGGGGUCAGAGUCUGUCCUGUUUGAACAGCAGACAGGCAGCCGGGGGGGGGGUCUGAUGCUUGGCUCAACAUUAAGUCGCCUCUGGGGACGGACGACGUCCUGAAACACUUGCCUUCUUCGGUUUCCUCACAUUGUAAAGAGCAGUGGAGCAGGAGACCUCUGACCUCUGCUGACUGCACACUGUACUCAGUGACAUCAGACAUGAACUUGGGGCCUUCUCUCCAGCGUAGACUCAGUAGUUGUUGGGUCUCACUUUAGUCACUUUGUAUUUAUGUGUUUAGUAUCUUUGUAGUAAAGUUGCAUCACUCUCCAUAACGAGCCCUUUAGGCCCCAUGUGAUCCUUGAGUGAUCUGCUCAUCUGCACUAUACAAAACCCCCUCAAACCCUGGACUGUUAAUCUGUAGCUGGUAACAGUUCACAUCAGCUGCUCUCUUAAAGGUGAAAAGAGAUGAUGUCACCAGGAACAUUCAAAUCUGCCUCAUUUUACAGCCUUUGAACUUUAAAGCUCUUGGGCUGACUUUGCUAAAACCCUUUUUACAGCAGAGCCUCCUUGUGUUUAUAGCUGCAGUCGUUCGUGCCUUUCACAGACGCUGUCAGUUCCAAUGACAGGACUGAGGUCGCCCUGGAGGAUUCGUCUAAUGUUUCCACCUGCUCUCACACAAAGAGUAAAUCAUUCAAUCCUACAUUUAUCUGAAUCAAAGCUUGUAUUUUUUAAUUCUCAUAUGUUUUAUAUCCCAUUGUGGACAUGUUAUAUACAGUAUAACCCAUGUUCACAGAGCUGGAAGCUAAUAAAGUUGGUUGAGUCCAUGUAUUCAAGGAUGACCAGAGUCAGUGCAUAUGUGAGUAAAGGGCUGAGCACGGAGUGGUUCAGCGUUCUGUUCGUCUGUUUCCGUGCAGGAUGACGGACGCGUAUCAUUAAUCUUAAUCCACGCAGGAAACAGACGCGCGUCUCUCUGGCUCGCUGUGUUUAUUACAGCCUCCACCUCAUGUUUCCUCUCCAGAAUUGUUCCUUCGAUGCCAAAGGAAUAAAUGAGUAAUACAUCA